UAAACCAUUUUAUAUGACAAAUGCCCGGCGACAACAAUGAUGCGCAUGUUUUCUCAAUGCGCGGGUUGGCCAAUCACGGCUAAUUGAGCAAUAGUGCUGCGUGCAAAAAAAGUAAAAUAUUGUACUUUUCUCGCACGAGCUGGCGGUCCCUUUUUUUUACUUGUUUCUUCCCUCACUGUUUGUCCCUCGAAAAAAGGGACAAGCGAGCUUGAAUUUUAUUUCUGGGGUGUACUGCAUGACAGCUUGUGUCUCUCCCUUCUUAUUUUGUCCCUCGCUUCCCCCCAAAUAAAUAAAAUCGCACUCGUCAUCAUAUCUUUGCCCAUGUAGAGUCUCUACUACUGCGACUGCUACUGCUACUUCUCUCCUCCAUAUUCUCCAAUCCUCCUUGUGCUCUUUAGCUCUACACAUCCGCAUUAUUUAUGCAAUCAACUCUUUACUAAAUAUUCUUUAUUCUCUCACACAUCACUGGCACUAUGUUAACAUCACCCCUGUUGCGCGGCGGCAGAUGGACGCGGGAGUCACGCAUAUUCAUAUCAAUAUCUGCCAUCCAAACCGUUGCCAAUAUUGCAUUCGAGGCGUACUUUAUCUCGCGCCUAAAUCGGCAGACGGACACAUCAAAUCAGACGCAGCUGUAUAUAGUAUACGACAGCGGCUUCAUUGCCGCCCAGAUAUUUGCAUUUAUCCUGACGUAUUCUGCACUGCAUGUCAGAAGCGAGCCUCUGGUAACUGCUGCUACCGCAUUCGACAUGCUGCUGGUGCUAUUCCAAGUCGCCCAGAUAACGCAGACAGGGGCGCUUCUUGGCACUAUUGCCAUGCAGGCGGUCAGUAUAUCUAUUUUGGCGCUGGGAUUCGCGGGCAAAGUCUGGCUGGUAUGGAGCUAUCUGAAAAAGGAGUUUGGCUGGCAGGUGUACCGGGCUUUGGGUGCCGAUUUAAAGAUGCAGCGUAUAUUCUUUUUUCAUCAGAUAUUGCUGUCACUGGUAACCCUUGCAGCGUUUCUCUUUCUGGAGCUCUGGAUGCAGCUGGCCACCAUCACCGUUCAGUCGCACGGCAGUGAGGGCGGCGGCUGGGCACAAAAUAUUCUUAUUCUGUUUGUCUGCACCGGCGUGCUCUGCAUGGCACUAUUUUCCGCCGUUCAAGAAUUUUGCUGGCUGAUGUACGGCUGCAUCGCUGUGUUUGUCAUUUCCCCGGCUUUUUUUAUCUGCAAACUGGUCACUGUCAACCGCCACCGGGCUGUGAGUGAUGGCGAGGACGUGUAUGCAGGUGGUCGCAAGUAUAUGACUUUUAUCUUGACACUCUUGCUCAUACUCGAUAUAGCCCUUGUGGCUAUCUCCUUUGUCGUGUCGCGGACGUUUGGAAAGGGACUGCGCCAGCGGCUACGGCAAUUCCAGAUUUUGAAUAGAGGCGAGGUUGAUCUUGAGCUCGUGUCGCGCCCAGACCCCGCUACCAACCCCACCACUGGGUCAGAUAGCGGUGAAAAGCCAAAUCAAGAUGGCGAAGGAUCUCCGGCUUCAACAAUCGGCCAUGGAUUUUCAGGGCUGAUGAACACUGCCAAAAGCAGCAUAAGAGAGUCGCCCUUGCUGUUCCGUGCCUUUUUCUCUGGUCUGGAGGCCAUUGAUACCAUUCCAAAGUCCUGUCACUCUGUGCGUUCGCUGCACCGGGAGACAGUAGCCCUGUGGGAGAAGACUGCGCCGGGAGUAGCCAACCCGCAGCUUAUCGACAUGUUUGACGUCCAUCGAUCCGGGACUCUGAACCCAACUCCAACGGGAUCACCCUCAGGAGUUUGCGGCUCGGAAGAUAAUCCCGACACCUUUGUUACUGGCGAUAAAAAAAGUCGCUUGUUCGAUACUUUUACACAGUUUGGCACCAGAUCUACAACUCAGGGCACGCUUGCUUUGGCACUUUCUGUUGCAGAACUUGACGCGAUUAACGGCGAUGGCAGCGCCCCGACAAAGGACAAUGACUCGUUGGCUAAGACCGCUGCCCCAGCAUGGGCACGAAAUCUGGAGUUUGUGACAGCCACAACUAGCGCCACACCCCCUGCCGGCGUGACUAAAUCGGCUACCAACAUUCCCACCAAGUCGACCACCCUUUCUACAAGCACAAACACAAGCACAAGCGCUGCCGCGUCAUCGCCUUUGCAUAAGCCUCGGAACAGCGAAGUGGAAAACUAUGCUACUGACUGCGCCCUGUACAAUACGUUGCAGCGUCCGCUAACUCUGCGCGUAGUCAAUGCAGAUUCUAUGUUCAAUUGCAGUGACGAAGACUUAGCCAGUUCAAAACCCAUCAUGGGUGUCGCCAACAACAUGGAUACUAUGAGAUCGGCCAUAUCACACGCGACAUCGGCGGAUCAGUCAGCACUGCUAGGAGAAAUAUCGCAUCCGACAUUGCUCAGAGAAGGGUUUGACCUAACAUGCUAAUUCAAAUCUUUAUCUUUAAUAUCAUCCCUCCGUGUACAAAUAAAUAAAAUUAAUUAAUG